CGCCAUUCAGGCGUGGCGUGGCAGAAAAGCAGAGUUUGUUUGUUGGUCAGCUGAUGGUUGCCAUGGAAACCUUAAAGGAGACCUUUGGAGAUGUUUCUCCACCUCUCUGUGACUGAAGGUAAUAAGUGACCCUGGUCCAGUUUGGAGGAAGACCUCCGCCUCACUGUCUGCUUCAGCAGAAGGUCUCUGAAAUGUGAUCAGCCUAAAGCAUCGGAAGUGAAAUCUGAGAUGUCCUCCAACCAAAGGUGGAGGUUUCUCCUCUUCCUCUCCUGAUGAAGAUCCUUCAGCUGAUAACCGGAUCAGUUGGAAAGAAAAGCUGCUGACUGCUGCUCAGAUUAACGGCGUGAGUUCUGCGUUUCAGAGAUCCGUCUGAGGAAGCUGGUGGACGAGCGAGAGCGAAUGAUCGAGCAGAUAAAGAAACUAAAGAACCAGCUGGAAGUGAAGAGCCAGAAGAACGGCUCAGAAAGCUCCUCCAGUCCAGAUGGUGACCCAGCAGAAAACGGCAGCGACCCAAACAUCAUGGAGUUACAGAGAGACUCCAACCGCCAGAUAAACGACCUGAAGUUCAAACUGGUGAAGGCCGAGCAAGAAGUCACGGCCUUGGAGCAAAACGUGACCAGACUGGAGGGUCAUGUGACGCGUUACAGAUCUGCUGCCGAGAACGCAGAGAAGGUGGAGGACGAGCUGAAGGCCGAGAAACGCAAACUGCAGAGAGAGCUGCGGACGGCGCUGGAUAAGAUCGAGGAGCUGGAGUCCAACAACAGCCACCUGAACAAAAGACUGGAGAAGAUGAAGUCCAGCCGCGGCAUGGCUCAGACUCCGUAACAGAACCCGUCCGAUUCGGGUCAGAACCGAUUCUGCCUCCACAGAAGUCCAACCUAGUCCGCACCGCGUUUCUCCCCCAACGUGCCAUUCUCUACCUACAGAGGGAACUUUGCUCAGCCCCGCGCACGCCGCAGAACACAGAUGGAACACGGAACAUGAUGGGACACGGACCCCGACGGAACACGGACCCGGACGGAACAC